AUGGCACAGAUCUCCUUGCAUAAACGUAGUCUGCCAGCAUUGGCUUGUACUGCCGAUGAUUCAAAACUACUGCCAUGCACCUGUCAUAUCAAAUAUGACCAGGUCCGCUUGUAUGCCACCUUCACUCUUCAACACGUUAUUGAUACCAAUGAUGCAACGACGAUGCAUUCCUUCACAUUCAUCUACAAUUCCGACAACCUUCACCCUGAGACAACAACCUACACGACGUCAGGCCGAGAUCUUACUCAAUUAGAAUCACAACACAUCGCGCGAAAUAUAACGCCUAAAGUUCGUGCAUUAUCCCUACAACUAAAGAAACCUUGCGCCAUCCUUUGUCCCAAAGAGAGAAUACCUAGACCCACCCAUCUUAUCGGUCUUGCUAAAGCCACCGACAUCACAAUAAUAUUUGACCGGAAUUGGCUCACCUCACAACAACAUAGAUUCAUCUUUGACAUUGUUGCCCAGCCAGAAACAUUUAGUGGCUUCCCUAUUGAUGAGAAGAAUCUCAAAGGACGCAGGCUUGACAACUGGACCGUCUUUUACCCCGCUGAUGAUCGUGUAUCGAAUGAACCUCACCCAUACAUCAAAUUGAGCUCCAAGCGUAGCCUGCAAGAGUCAGACGACACAGCAGGGUUGUCGCCGCCGAAACGCAUAUUGUGUACACCCGUACACUCGCCCACUAAAGAGGCCACUGUAAUUCCGACCCCCAGAUCCUGGGAAGCACCUCCAAAUAUCGACGGAUUACAGCACGCCCCUCUGCCUCCUUCCACUCCAUCACCAUAUGCUGUCUCCGUUCGUACACCGACCCCACAUAGCCUUCCUCCACGCGCCGAAUCUCUGCACAACCUAGAGGAUGACCUCACCACGAUCUUCGAGAACACUGCGUAUGAUGCUCAAUACCUGCGGAGCGCUGCCGACGACGAAUUCCUAUCGGCUGUUGAAGAACAGAGACAAGGAUUUCAGUACAGCACCGAAGAUGCACUUAGAGAAUUUCUAGAGGAGAUUGACAGGAUAGUAGAUGAGACUUUCUGCAAGCUCGAAGAAAAGGUAGUUCAAUAUCUGGAAUCAGUGGAGGAAUCAGUGGAGGAACAAUUUGAGAAAGUGAUUACUGAAAAGGUGGAUAGGUUUGCAUAUGCAUAUGGCAAGUGGAUGAUGAGUGUGGCGCGAUCUGCUGCCGGCAGCAGAGGAGGGAGGAUGACGAGGAAGGCAGGUCAGAAAGCUAUUCAUCAAAAGAAUUAA